AUGACUAUUGGAUGGGAAAGCAAAAAGUCCCCGGAAAUAAGCAGAAUAAAAAUAGAGAUGGAAGAUGGCACAGAUGACUUCACAUUCUGGGAGGGAGUCGAGCCCCCUGGAAGUCCUUUGACAAGCGAUGUCCCACUGUCAGAGGCCAGGGAAGUACUGCAAUUUUCUGUUGUUUCCGUUGCUAGGGCAGAAAAGUACGAUAGAGUGGCAGGUGCAAAUGGAGAAGUGGCUUAUAUAUACGGUAGUUGGAGGGAAGGUACUCCCCGUAUAGGAAAUAUGAUUAGUAUCAUGCCUUGUUUGUGCUGUCCUAGAACUGUACCAGCAGACCUAUCCAGUGUAACAGACGAGAGCAACUACCUUAUUGUUCACUCAAAGAAGUCUUUAGUGACUACGAACAUUAUUGAAGCACUUUCCUGCGUAAGAAAGGCAAUUCUUUUGGAAAAAAUACUUCCAUUCACCAGGGAAGUCACAAAGCCCUUGGUCCAUGGGAUAGUCGUACAUGAGUGGCUGGAUCUUCUUGUCAAAAACAGAAAUUCAUCAAUUUCUGCGGCUGCUAAUGACUUAAAAUCAAUUAUUUCACAGCAUGCCUUUGAGUUCUAUAAGAUACAACAGUCUUUGAAAAGUGCAUUCUCUGACAUAUUUAGGCACUUUGGGACUCUUACAGACUUUGUUAGGCACCUGGAAUACACAAAGGCAGAAGAAAGCAGAACUGUCCACAGUCAGCUCCUGCAGCUAAAGGGAAAACCUGAUGUAGUAGUAGUAAGUAACCACAUGGAGACAGAAAUAGAACUAAAAACAGGAGAGAGACUGCACAUGGAAAAUCUGGCACAAGUAAUUCUGUAUGGUCUCCUGCAGAGAGAACAAAAGGGUUAUACCUCACAGAAGCUUUUUCACCUGAAAAGCAACAGCCUCAAAGAGAUCUUUCUAAAGCACUUUGAAGUAGUCCAUAUUCUCAGCAGACGAAACAGAAUGGUCCAAAAGGCAAAACUCCCAAAAAGACAAGAAAUACCGCACUGCACCACAUGCAGCCAGAAGACUGCCUGCCUAGCAGCAGCAGAAAUAGAAAAAGCCGUUAUAAAAAAUAACGAAGAAAAUAAAACCCUUCCAGAGACAAAAAAUAUCACCAUAGAGUGCACUAGUAAUCUGAACAGAAAAAAAAAGUACGAUCCAGAAAUAAGAAAAAGACAAAGGGUAGAAAUAAUAAAAGAAGAGAACCCAACAGAUUUAAAAGAAGAGCCAGAGAACAAAGAAAAUUCCAGCCUUCUGAAAGAUGAAAAUGAAGAGAUUUAUGAUAAUUUAACUUAUAGUCCAGGCACUAUAGACUCACUUCUCAACCUAGACUUAAGUAAUCUAGGACUAUUCGGGUACAUUUGGGAGCAAAUUCAAAAAGAAGAAGAACUCUCACAAGAACCUAUCUUUCUUGCGCUUAUUGAGACGUGGGAUAAUAAUUACCUAAAGGUACACAUGAAAGAAGAAGCAGCUGCUACUCUCUGUAAUAAUGAAUAUAUCACAGUAUAUGAUAAAGACGCAUGUGCAUUUGGUCAGGGAGUAGUGUCUCUUGUACACGCAGGCACAGUAGAAAUACAUUUGCAUGAAAAACUAGUCUAUGCCCACAAUGGAUCUAUUUUGAUCUCUAAGGACUCUGGUAUACGUGCAUUUGCUGAGCUCAGGACAAGUUUACUUAGACUGUUCAUUUCAGAAAAGGUUAAAUCCAUGUGGUUUAAUCCAACUUCCAAGAUAAAAGGAACAAUUCCAAGUGAAUUUGCAGCAGAAUUCCUGGCACUAAACUCAGAUCAGCAAAAGGCUUUAUUCAGUGCCUUGCAGAGUACGCCGUAUGCCUUAAUACACGGGAUGCCUGGCACAGGAAAGACAAGGGUCAUUGCUUUACUCACAAAGAUACAAGCACGCCUAGGGAAAACUGUCCUUCUUUCUUGUCACACCCACCUUUCCCUAACGAAUAUUGAGAAGCGUCUGGAGGGUCUUGGAUUUAUCCGGAUGUACAGAACAGGAAGAACAAAGAUUCAGACACUUUUGAUCGAUAGAGAUUUAUCGAAGAGAUUUGAUGCUUUCCAGGAAUAUAAUGUAAUUCUGGCUACAUCACGCUCUCUGCAUGUAGACCCGAUCUUUGAUGGACGUACCUUUGACAUGUGCAUUGUAGAUGAAGCCACACAGCAGAACUUUCUGUGCACUGUGCUGCCAAGCUUGUACUCUCAGGCACUUGUUCUAGUUGGUGAUCAUUUGCAGCUGAGUCCGCUUGCAAAGACACCGUGCCUUGGAGUGAGUCUUUUUGAUAUUCUCCGUAGACGGCAUGAUAUGUGUGCACUCACCAUGCAGUACAGGAUGCCAGCGCAGAUCAUGGCAAUAAGCAAUGAAUUAUUUUACAGCGGAAGAAUGGUUUGUAUGGUCUCAGAGGAAGGUUCUGCAGAAUUCUGUGAUCUCACGGGUGCUACUUUGGCUGAGGUCCAGGACAUAGUUUGCUCCGUACCUGAAAAUUCGCAGAUUCUUUGUUAUUUUAAUGAACAAGUCCGGAAAGUGCGGUUUUUUGGGAGAGAUGCAGAGACUGUUGAUAGAUUUCAAGGAAGUGAGGCAGACCAUAUUGUCUUGCUGAUAGAUGUGCUUCUUGAGGGCACGCCCAGACUGGAAAUACUUUCAUCCCCGGAGAGACUAAAUGUAGCACUCACAAGGUCGAAAAAAAAACUGACAAUCCUUGGGAGAGAGAAAUAUCUGAAGGAGAUAGCAGUGUUUUCACCUCUUUUCAGAUCUGUAAGGAUCGAACGCACGAAUAAAUAA